ACUUUAUUAUUGCAUAUAAAAGGAAGAGGCAGCAAGCAAUAACCUGCUUCUAUGCUGCUCUAUUUUGAAGAAGAAGGAAAUACCUCUCUGCCUUAGAAUUCCCAACUCGGGCUCAGAGUCCUAUUCUAUUGAAUACCCCUUCCCAACACCAUAUACAUCUUUUCAGUACCACUGGGGAACAGGAGUGGCAGGAAGAAUUGGACUCCAUGUUCUCCUGUACUCCCCAACUUCAUAAUUCGGAUAGAUAAGUAUCCUGACACAAUCAUGAAGUACAUUUUAAUUUUUGUCCUCCUUGCUGGUGCAUUUUCCUUUGAUUAUACAGAUGAGCAGAAUGAUGAUCCUGCACCCUACCUCGUAUAUAUCAAAAACCAGUAUAGUCCCUGUGUAGGUGUUCUGAUCCAUCAACAAUGGGUCCUGGCAGCUGCUCACUGCUACUUACCAAGCCUCAAAGUGAAAUUGGGAAAUUUCAAAAAAAGAGUUAGAGAUGGGACAGAGCAGACCAUUAAAUCUGUCCAAAUAAUUCGUUAUUGGAAUUUAACCACAGAUUCUUCUAAUCACAACCUUAUGCUCAUCAAGCUAUCCAAACCUGCAGUUCUCAAUGAGAAGGUUCAGCCCAUGGGCCUACCAACUAAAAGUGUUCCAGCAGGCACAAAGUGCAUUAUUUCUGGCUUAGACUGGAGUAUAAAAAAUAAUGGUAAGCAUCCUGACCUUCGGCAAACCUUCACAGCCCCUCUUCUAUCAGACAAAGAGUGCCAGAAAACCAAACAAGGAAAAGGCAACAAGAACAGGAUAUGUGUGAAAUUCUUAAAGUCAUUCAACAGAAUUUUUGUGGAAGCUAUACUGGCUGCUGUCAUUUGUAAAGAUAAGAUUCAAGGGAUAGAGGUUGGGAAUUUUCUGGUAGGUGACAUUGGUGUCUACACCAACAUCUUCAACUAUAUCCCUUGGAUCCAGAAAAUUAUGUCUACCAGAUGAGUUGCUUCCAUUUCCCUAUGAGAUAUGUGGUUGCAAGGGAAACAUUAAUGUGAUUUCUCAUUUUAUUAAAGAGCCUAAAUAGAA